AUGACAUCGGAGGACGGAGAGAAAUUCCUUACCGAAUUUCAUUCGUAUUUGACUUUGUCUAAUAUCGAUACCGGCAGUCCUCAGGCCACCGCUGCUUUCCAUCUCCACUUUUGGUUUGGUUUAGAACUCUUGACUUCUUCCGAUAGAUCCAGUUUUUAUCAUGUCAAGGCGAUGUUUAGGGAAGAGUUUUGCUCAGAUACUAAUCCCGCGCUCAUAACGGAGGAAACCACCUUCAGAACUGUAACUUUGAGACCUGAACAACAACUGGAGGACUACCAUUCCCACGUGUUACAGAAAGGCAAACGUUUACAUAAAACGGAGAGGGACAUAACAGCAAAGUUUAUAGACGGCCUACCCUCCCAAUUAGCAUUUUUUGUUAGGGCUGGCAAGGCUACAACCUUACGGGAGGCAUUGCAUUCUGCCAAGAUUGGAGAGGCUCACGGAUAUAGGGUACAGGACCCAUGUAGACUAAUGGCGGCAGCCGCCACCCCUCAACCGGCUCCGGUGGAUAAGACAUAUGACCUCUUCGUCCAAAUUAACACUCAACUCCAAAGCCUUAGUAAACGAUUGGAGUCACUUGAAGUCAAAGGAACGAAGCCUAAUCCCCGACAACCCCAUGACAGAUGGUCCAAGGAUUCUAGUGGAGGAACUCGUACCUGUUUCCAUUGCGGUGGUGAAGGCCACAUCAGAAGGAACUGUAAUUGGUCUGGAAAUGGCCAUAACAUACCAGACUAA